AUGGCUGCCGAUACCCAAAGCGCUGCUGCUGCGCACAUCUUAUCAGCCGAGCCGACACGCGAUCCAAGCUAUAAUGACUUUUCUUUUACACCUUUUUUGCGCAAGAGCUUCGGCUUCGGACUCGCCAGCGAUGUGCCCGUCUGCAAAGCUUACAGUGAAGGACACUGCCCAUUAGGACCCGCCUGCCCAGAUCGUCAUCCUACUCCAUCUCGCGUGACAACAUCAACUACCACAGCUUCCGGAAUGGCGCCAUCUACAACACACGGGUCCCUGGUUUGCAAACAUUUCCUCAAAGGACUAUGCAAGAAGGGCUUGAAAUGCGAAUACCUUCACGAAUACAACCUUCGCCGAAUGCCAGAAUGCCAGUCAUUUUCGCGAUCCGGAUACUGCACCAAUGGUGAUGAUUGCCUCUACCAGCACGUCCGCGAGGAGGCACGCCUGCCGCCUUGCGAGCACUACGACCGCGGAUAUUGCGAGUUGGGACCACUUUGUGCCAAGCGACAUGUCCGCCGACGUCUGUGCACCUUCUACCUGGCCGGGUUCUGCCCCGACGGCAAAGCAUGUGCUGAUGCCCACCCGCGUUGGACGGAGAACCUACCCCGGCCUACAAUGCGCACUGAAAAAACGGAGGAAGAACUAGAGCACGAACGAGCCCUCAUUCGUGAAGAACAAGAACGGGAGAAGGAGCGGGAACGAGAAUGGCGCAACGAACGUGGACGGGGUGGUGGGUUUGGGCGUGGUCGCUUCCGCGGUCGUGGAAGGGGUUAG